AUGAAGUUUCUUGAAAUACCGGCGCUCGAUGUCAUAAACACUGCAUUAGUGUUUGACACACCUGAAUGUAAAGUGUUCGGACGAGUCGAAACUUACUCAUGCAAAGUAGCCGGAGCAGAUAAGAAACUGUACAAACAUUUGGAGAAUAGAUACCAAGAGGAUCUUUCUAAUUCGCCUGAGUAUAUGCAGAAUGCAGUAUCUCCAUUCGGUCCGAUGGAUAAACCAUCGUCGAGGAAGACAUUGUUCAAUCUGAUAGCGACUUUGAAUGCAUCGUAUCCCGACUAUGACUUUUCCGAUGUGAAACCUGAACAGUUUACAAAGCACCCAUCUUUGUCGCAUGUAUGCAAUUAUGUAAACAAUACGCUUUUUAACCUCGGACAUGGGUGGAUAGUGACUGGUUUGAAUCUAUGGCAAGUCACCGAUGAUAUCAUCGAACUGGAUGAGUGCGACGUCUAUUCGUACAACCCUGACAUGGAUUCGGACCCAAACAUUGAAGAAGGUGCCAUAUGGUCAUUUAAUUAUUUCUUCUUUAACAAGAAACUAAGACGAAUUUUAUUUUUCACCGUUCGCGGAAUAAGUUUAAAUGCUCCAAUGCAAGAAGAUGAAGAAAUCGAUGAAUUCACUGAUACCGACAGUGAGACUGAGAACAAAAGAGAAGCUGUCUCGUACGAGGAAUAUGUAAUGGGUGAUAUUGAAAUUUAA